UUCGUACCCCAGCCGUCCGGAGCCACUUCUUAUUUUUGCUGGACUGUCUGUUUCAGCAACGCAUCCUUCUCUGCCGGCUCUGUGUAAUUUCAACAGUACGAACUUCCUUUAGAGUCCUUGCGUUUUUCACUCCGUCUCAGCGGAAGUUGCCUGAAGUUGGGGGCGGGGGUGCAAUAUGGGAUGAGAGAAAGUGCGGAGGAGCUCGGGGUGGGGGGGAGCCGCAGACGCAGAUCCAGGACCGCGUCGUGCGCUUCACGCUGGCCCGGAGGAAGCGGAGCCCGGUCGGCUGGCUGAUCGCCUUUGAAAGAUGCAUACAAGCGUCGGCACAUGGAUCUCGGAUCACGGACGCAAGCUGGAUAUUCUAAAUACAAUCACCCUGGAUCAUGCAUGUCCAAGCUUUCGGAAAACAGCGGAUAUAAAGCUUGCGCUCACAGCCCUUUUUGUGGUUUAAUAGCCUGCGUCCAUUUCCGAGCGUAAGUCCGGCGGCUUUUGUGACUCUCUACCCCGGCUCCGUAAAUCAUGUCCCCCGGUGCAGACUGUGUGUUAAGGCUCUACCAGCAACAACUAAAAGGGGAUCCGGACGCUAUAAGUAAAUGUUAUUUAUAGUUUUAAUAAAAUAAAGCUUGAUUAAGCUUUAGAUACGCGUGUUUUGGGAUGAGGUGGAAUACAGCACGGGUUAAGAAAAACUUCCUUUGGAUACGUUUUGAAUGACUGCUAAAGAAAACUGUAGAGAAAAGGGAGAAAAUUAAAAGGGGGGAAAAAAUCUGUUUUUUGGAUCAUGGCUGUAGAGUGCAUGGGGCGGACUGUGGUUUUAUUGCCAUUCCUGGCACUGGGGGCUGCCUUCUCAGGUGUUUUUAAUGGGACAGACAAAGAUGUUUUUAAUGAUGAUUUUGAGCAGUUCAGGCUCAAAACGAUUGGUGUCACAGAACAGUGGAAGCUCGUGGCAGACGACCUCCACCCCAGCUUGUUCUUUGACCGGGCGGAUGUACAGUUACUCCGGCAGCGCUCCACCACCACCCACAACCACAUUUUUAGAGUGAUUCGCUCAGCGGUCAUCACCAUGCUGUCUAACCCUGCCCUGUAUCUGCCCCCGGUUAAGCACAAGGAGUUCACCAGCAAGUGGAACGAGAUCUACGGGAACAAUCUGGCUCCACUGGCUCUGUACUGCCUGCUCUGCCCAGAGGAUGGCGCCGCCCAGCAGUUCCUGCUCAAGUUCAUGGACAGGAUGGCCGAGUACCCAGACUGGAGUGUGACAAGCGCUCCGAAUGAUGAGGUUCCGGUGGCACACUCCCUCACGGGCUUUGCCACAGCCUAUGACUUCAUAUACUCCACCUUGGACAGGCAGCAACGGGACCGAUACUUGAAGAAGAUCCGUAGUGUGACUGAAGAGCUCUAUGAACUGUCCAAGUAUAGGGGCUGGGGGAAGCAGUUCCUACAGAAUCAUCAGACCACUAAUAUUUUAGCCGUACUGAUUGGCUCUAUUGUGGCUGGCGAGCACAACGAUCCAGAGACCAUGAUCUGGAAGCAGGUCUGUGUGAAUUACAUGGAGAAGACCAUGUUCCUUCUGAACCAUGUUGUGGAUGGGUCCCUGGAUGAAGGUGUGGCCUAUGGAAGCUACACUGCUAAGUCCAUCACACAGUAUGUGUUUCUGGCCCAGCGCCACUUCAACAUCGACAACACUCAGAACAAUUGGCUCCGUGCACACUACUGGUUCUACUAUGCCACCCUUCUGCCAGGCUUUCAGAGGACGGUGGGCAUUGCGGAUUCUAACUACAACUGGUUCUAUGGGCCAGAGAGCCAGCUGGUUUUCUUGGAUGCCUUUGUCUUGCGCAACGGCACUGGGAACUGGCUUGCCCAACAGAUCAGAAAACAUCGGCCUAAAGAUGGACCCAUGGGUCAGUCAUCUGCUCAGCGCUGGACUACGCUGCACACGGAGUAUAUCUGGUAUGAUGCUUGCCUAACCCCGAGAGCGCCCCCUGGUUCUGGAAAAGCCGCAAUGCACAUUUUCUCCAACUGGGGUGUGGUGACAUAUGGUGCCGGCAUGCCUGACCUGCAGGGCAACACGUUUGUCUCCUUCAAAUCUGGGAGGCUAGGUGGCAGGGCGGUGUAUGACAUUGUCCAUGCCAAGCCCUAUUCCUGGGUUGAGGGUUGGAAUAGCUUCAACCCUGGGCAUGAGCACCCAGACCAAAACUCCUUUACUUUUGCCCCAAACGGCCAAGUAUUUGUAUCCGAGGCUCUGUAUGGACCCAAAUACAGUUACCUGAACAAUGUGCUCGUUUUCGCACCCUCCCCGACAAGCCAAUGUAACGAACCUUGGGAGGGGCAGCUGGGUGAGUGUGCCAAGUGGCUCCGCUGGGCAGAUGGCGAAGUAGGUGACAUGGCUGGCGAGGUCAUAGCUGCCUCCGCGCACCAGGAUGCCAUGUUUGUGAGUGGGGAGGCGGCGUCAGCAUAUUCCUCGGCUAUGAAGCUCAAAAGUGUGUACCGGGCCCUCGUUCUGCUCAACUCGCAGACCUUACUGGUGGUGGACCAUGUGGAGAAGUCGGAAGACUCUCCUCUGAAUAUGCUAAGUGCCUUUUUUCACAACCUGGACAUAGAUUUCAAGUACGUCCCUCAUAGAUUCAAUGACAAGUUCAACGGGGCCCUGAUGGAUGUGUGGGACGCUCAUUAUAGAAUGUUUUGGUUGGACAGUCAGGGCGCCAGUCCAGCCGGAAGGAUACAGGAAGCCGAGCAGGCGGCGGAAUUUAAGAAACGAUGGACGCAGUUUGUAAAUGUGACGUUCCCCAUGAGCCGUGCAGUUACUAGGGUUGCGUACGUGAUGUAUGGUCCGUACGUCAAAGUUACGAACUGCAGGUUUAUAGACGACAGCAAAAAUGGCUUGACACUGUCUCUGACAGUUAACGACACAGAGAAUAUAGUAUCCAUCGUAACAAACUAUAAAGAUUUAAGUGCCAGGUUGAACUACUUAGGUUUUGGGGGUUAUGCAAAGGCAGAGGAUGGAAAGCGUGUCAUCCGUUUUGGUGUGGGAACUCAGCUCGUAGCUAAACAGAGCCGAGUGGAUCAUGCAGUGUUUAGCUUUGGCUUUAUAGUUACUGUAGUUGUGGGAGUGACACUGUGUAUUGCCAUCGGGUUUUUGGCUUUGCAGAGAAAGUUUUAUAUCUGUUUCAGCAAGCUGAUGCGAUACACCCUGCUAUCAGUGCUCCUGCUGUGGGUUAUCGAGCUUCUCUUUGUUUCUAAUACUUGCGAUCAGCUCCUCUGCAGUGUCAGAUGGAAGGGUGUCUCUGGAUCAGACCCACCGGGGAGACUCGCAGACCAGCAGCCGCUUCUUCUCCCCACUGUCGUCAUAACAACACUGCCGGGCUCUGGGGCAGAAAUCCUUAAGUACCUUUUUUACAACAGCUCCGACUUCUUCUACAUCAGCAUCCCCACGGAGCACGUCGACAUCCCAGAGAGCGAGUUCGAAUUUGACUCCCUGGUGGACGCCUGUGAGUGGUCGGGGUCUGAUGCUCAGGAUGGACAGUUUAAGGUUCUCCAGGGCUGGUUCCACUCGCUGGUCCACAGCACCAAGCUGCAUCUUCAGAACAUCCAGCUGCAUGAGGCGAGCGGCCGGUUUGCGCAGGCAAGUGGGUUCUCAAAAGACAGGAGGAUGAGAGUGAGCAGGAAGGACUCGCCCGCAGGAUUCAGGGCUCUGGAGAAGGAUGCAGAAUACAUUCGGGAGCUGUGGCGGCACGUGGGCCGUUAUCCGAGCGCCCGCGCAGUCCUCAACCUGAAGAGUGGAAGCUGGUCCCUGAAGUUGCCCUUCGUCCAUGAGGUGAUUGGGCCAUCACUGCGGGUUGUAUACGUGGUGAGGGACCCACGAGCCUGGAUUUAUCUCAUGCUCUAUAACAGCAAGCCCAGCCUGUACACACUCAAGAACAUCCCGCAGCACCUUAGCCUUGUCUUUCACGAGGAUCGUGGCGGGGAGAGGUGCACGGGCUUUGCCCCGGAGUUCCGGCUUCUGCGGGAGCUCGUCUCCCGCGCGGAGAGCAACCCUGUCCUGCUUCUGGCUCACCUAUGGCUGGCCCACACCGCCGCCACGCUCAGGGUUGUCGGCAGCCUGCCCGCCAACGCUCAUCUGCAGGUCAGGUUCGAGGACGUCGUGCAGUUCCCCGAGGAGACGGCGGGCAGGAUACACACUUUCCUGGAGGUGCCCGUCGCUCCGGCAGCCUUAAACCAGCUCAUGUUCACCACCUCCACCAAUCUGUUCAGCCUGAUGUAUGAGGGAGAUGUGUCUCCAGGCAGCAUCGGCAUGUGGAGGCAGAAGAUGCCUCGCGAUGACAUCCGGCGUAUAGACAGUAUAUGCUGGGUGGUGAUGAAGCGUUUGGGAUAUGCGCGGUUCACAGAUUAAUGCUGCAGGUCAGCAGAGCUUCACUCACUCUUUUGCACUAACAGGGGGAUCCUGUUGAAUUUGUACUCAAGUGUAACCGUGGAGUCAUAGGGCACUGAAUCAGAAGCUUAGGAUGGUAGUUGGUUUUGUUCUUUGUGCGCUUUGUGGCUUGCGCAGAUUAAGAAAUGUUUUAUAUUAAAAUGUCAAACAAUCUUUACGUAAUAUCUUCCUGGCCACAAUGCCGCCUAAACAUCCAUUUCAGUGUGAUGUCUAGGAGUUAGGAGUCCUACACAUGUUGUCAAUAUACAUUCCAGCUGUGUUUUUUGGAUCUUCUGUACGCCCCUGGAAAGUAAUCAUCAAAGUAAAGGUGUAUUUUCUUAUAGUCUCUGCUUAUUCGUAUUUGUUUUUAUACCAUAUAUUUUUGGGAAAAGGUAUAUGUGGUGAAACAAAAAAUAUUGAAAUGUUUACUGAAGCUUGAAUCUUUUAAGUCCGGCUGUGUUUCUUUUGCCUUGUUGUUUAUUUGGUUUCUUUGGUUCUGAUCUGUGUUUCGGGUCUCGGUGGUUACGCCUGCAGUGUGGCUUUCCUGCCCACCCCCAUGCCACACAGAACCAGAGGUGCUUUUACUUGCCUGCUCCGCCGAGUCCGUCCCGGGAUCGGAAGUGUAAUUGCUGAUUUCACACUGUUUACGUCUGGUAGCUUGACAGUGAUGAGGUACAGAUGUAGCCGCUUGAAUUUUCCCCUCCCAGCCGGCUGCCUGUCGGCUGCCAGCCAACUGCCAGCCGGCUGCCUGCCGGUUGCCUGCCAAAAGCCAGGCAAAGGGACUGACCCCCGUCCUUCUGGGGGUGUGCCUAAAUUCUCAUCUAAACCCGCCCAUUUAUUCACUUUCAGGGUGUUACCAUGAGAUAGCGCUUUCUUUACAAAAACACAUUUUAGUUGUGGUCACAAGUUUACAUACAACAGGUAUCAACCAGAAUCUUUUGGUAGCCAUUAGUAAGCCUCUGGCAUAAUUCUGGCUGAAUUUUUGACCACUCUUCUUUGCAGAAUUUCUAGUUCAUUUAAACUAGUUGGGUUCCAGGCACAGACCUGGCUUUUCAGCAUAACCCACAACUGUUUAGAAGCUUGACAUCCUGAUCAGGAGUGACAAUUUAUGUAAAAACAUAAAAACAUAAGAAAUUUAUAAACGAGGCCAUUCAGCCCAUCAAGCUCAUUUGAGGAGAACUGUAAUAGCUCAGCAACUAAUAGCUAACUAAUUUGUUGUUUUAAUAUUCAUUUAUUGUAUUGUAUUAUUCCUGUAAUAUAAUGUGAUUGCACAUUUUAUACUUCAACGUUUAAUCUGUUGCAUGUUAUAAACUGUGAAAAGGCUAGUAUUGUGUUUCUUACAGUUUUUUUUCCAAUUGCUAAGACAGUACCAUAGAUUCUACUCUGUCUCUUCACAUACAUGAUCCAUCCUUGGCAUUGCUCUGGAGAAAUAUCUUGGCAUACAGCAUUCAUUGUUUGAUCUUGUGUCAAUUAACACAAUUUGUUUAUUUUAUGUGUUUUUUACAAUCUAUUUUAGAAAGGAUCUUGAUAGUAAUUUAGUAAAAUGAUAUAUUUUGGUUUUGACUAUUUUACUAGCAGUUUUAGGGUCAGUAUGUACUUAUGUGCAAAAUGGCCUCUGAUAAAUUAAUUGAAGAAUAAAUUUUGAAGAAUUUAGUUAUUGAUUGCAUUUUGUAUGAAAGCAAAGCAAAAUGCUUAACAGUUUAGCCCACAUAAGCUAAUGUUGUGGUGACUCUAUGAAAAGUUUUGAGAAAGCAACUUCAGUAUUGCAGUAUCUGUCUUAGCAAUUGAAAAAACCUGUAAAAUUCACACUGCCUUUGCAAACUGAUUGGUGUGAGGAGCAGUGACAGACAUUCCAGACUGAUGGGCCAUUGACAGUAUGCAAAGGUGUGGUGACUCCAAUCACUUCAGAGUUGUAACACUUUAUACUCAAACCUCAUACAAUUCUUUGAAUGUCUCAUUCACCUUUGUGUAGCCAGCCCCUAUGUCUAUAAGCUUCAGAGCUCAAAAGUCUUGGCUAGAAAUGUUUAUAAUGUGAUUUUUUUUUUUUACAAUUUCUCAGCACCACUGAAAAUAGGUUUUUGAAAAGUUUGUUUAACUAGAACCAAGGCUGCACAAAUUUGCACGGGCCUUCAGCCCAUUGUCCUCCUGCCUCUGUUGUGCAAACACACUGUUGAACCCUGGCACAUUUGCAUUUACUCAGACUGCUAGCUCAACAGGUGAGUAGUGUGUUUGCACAACAAAGGCAGGAGGACAAUUGAGUUGAAGGCCCGUGCAAAUCAGUGCUGGCUUAGUAGUUCACAUUCACAUGUCAUUGUGACUGCCCUGACCCCCCUCUGUGAAUGUGCCGCCAAGUCACUUCUGCUUUCAUAAUCCCCCUGGUGGAUGGAUAAAUCAUUGCAAGUACUUUACACACAGAGAGGUAAGGGGCGGAUCAUGCCGGCCUACUUGUUCAUUACAUCAUAGUGGGGGAUCUCAUUACAGUCAAGGUCCCACCCAGAACCCAGCAGGGGCCAGCCAAGGACCAGCCAAGGUCCCAUCAUGGAAACUGGGGAAAAUUCAAGCGGCUACAUCCGUAUGUGUAUCUUUCAUGUUUUUGUAAAUUUUACCCUAAUCUGCUUUUCUGAUCUUUUCAUUUUGAUCAAAUCCCUUUUUAGGUACUAAAUAAAUUGUGCGUUUUCCCCCUUCAUUAAACUGUAAGACGCAUGGUAAAAUCUCAUAUAUACUGUGUGGGAUCUUCGAUAUGAAUGGUGCCCCAGGAGAUUUAAGAUAAUGGAGAUACUCUUCAAAAGUUCAUUAGCAGGUAAUUUGAGGCUUGAGAGAUUCCUGCGAAGCUUCUUUAUAUCUGAGCCGGUCCUCUCUAACUCUAACUGUAGUUAGUUUAGUUCUGUAUUGCAGUCAGAGCCUUUGUGGAUGUGGCUGUAUCUGCCUUUGUGUUUUCUGUAUAACCUUCCAGUCAUGUGAGGCUGUCCAGUGCACAGUGAGCUCUGCACCAACUCCCCCCACGCUGUCCCACCCCUUGUGUUACCUCCCCGCCCCCAACAUGUGCUGUUUCUUCACUGUAAACGUAACCAAAUCCGGGGGACAUAUUUUCACGUCUGCCUCGCUCAUGGCCGGAGCCGCCGAGAGGUCGCAAGGGGAUGGACACCCUGGGAGCUGAGACCUCAGCGUUCUGGAAUGUUCUUCUGCUCCUUGUUUCCGAUAGUCGGGGCCCAUCUUGGGUGUUCCAUCGAGAGACGUUCAUCGAGGUGCCCCUUCAAUGGAGCCGAUGUCACUUUUCUCCCAGGUGGUCAGGCUCCUGUGCCGUGGAGCUAAAGUCCUGCAUUCUCUCUCUCUCUCUCUCUCUCUCUCUCCCUCCCUCCUUCUUUUUAAACAUGGGGAAAUCUGAUGUUGUGAGUGAAAGACAAUAAAAUAAUGUAUACAUUUACUGAGA